AUGAAAAUAUUAUUGUUUGACGGAGAAGAUGAGGCAUAUUGGUGGAUUCUUUGUUUUGAGAAAUUUUUCAAGGAACAUGGAACCUCAGAGUCAUUGAAGGUGUUGAAAGCGGUUGGAACAUUGAGAGGUCGUGCUCUCAAAUGGUGGCAAUGGCGGUCUAAAUAUCACUCAUGGAUGUCUUGGAAUACAUUCGCAGAAGUGUUUCGUUGGCAUUUUAAACCUGAGUGGAGACAUCUUUUUUUGAAAUUAGAUGAAGAAAUAGAACCAACUUAUACAUCUGUAGAACCUGUAGUUGCAACUUCCUUUCCUGACGAUUUCAUUGAUGAUAAAUUUAGAGAUGCAACUCUAGCAACUAUUGAGCAGAACCAUGAAGAAUCACCAGAUUUGAAUGGAAAACAACCAGAGCAGCUCAUUAUGGAUGAAACCUUACCACUAUCGUUCACGAAGGAGUCAGAUUUGAAGUUGAAUCCUUGUUCCACUUGUCCACCACCAUCAAAGACAACCUAUUUUUGCUCUUAUGACGCUGAUGACGAGUUAUUAUUGUUUGUGACAGAUGAAAUUAAAUCUAGCACAGGGGUGGACGCUUUGAUCUCUAAUAUCGAGCCAUAUGACCCAGGACCACCCAAACCUCUUCACACCCACAACCAUGAUUUUCGGAUUCAAGAUUAUUUGCAAAUAUCAUAUUGA